CCAGAUUCCGUCAUCUCCUUCUUCAAAGCCCACGGUUUCUCACUCUCCCAAAUCACCACCAUCAUAUGCAGGUUUCCCGUGUUCCUCACAUGCGACCCCGCCAAUGCAAUCUUGCCAAAGUUUCAAUUUUUAGCAUCCAAAGGUGCUUCUCCCUCUGACAUUGUACUCAUGACCACAAGGAGUUCCCGCUUCCUGCUUCGAAGCCUUGACCAUAUAGUAUCCUUGUACGAAUUGGUAAGGAGGUUCUGUCCCUCUGAUCUUAAAGCCAUUGCUUAUAUAACUGCAUGGCCAUCAUCCAUUGCUGAUGAUCGUGUGGCUCAAAAUGUGAAAUUGCUGCUUGAUGAAGGGUUGACCAAUGCCAACAUUCACCAUUUGCUUAGAACUAGGCCUUCUGUGCUGUCCUCUGCUGAUUUGAAGAAAACAGUUGAGGAAGUGAAGCAAUUGGGGUUUGAUCCUUCACACUCUUAUUUCAGUGUGGUGUUGCUGACCAAAAGGGCCAUAACUAAGUCCAAAUGGGAGGCUAAAGUUGAUGUCCUUAAGAAAUGGGGCUGGUCCGAACAAGAUUUUUCGGAGGCCUUUAGGAGGCACCCUAAUUUUAUGCUACGUUCCGAGGACAAACUCAACGCAGUGAUGAGCUUUUGGAUCAGUAAUCUCGGCUGGGAUUCUUCGGCGCUUCGCAUUAGACCGAUGCUUUUUGGAUGCAGUUUGGAGAAGAGGCUUAUUCCUAGAGCUAAGGUUGUCAAAUAUCUUCUCUCCAAUGGUUUGAUGAAGAAGAAUGCUAGCAUAAUCACACCAUUUUCUUUGACUGAGGAGCUGUUCCUCAAGAAGUGUGUCACAUGUUUUGAGGAGAAAGAUCGGUCUCGCCUAUUAACACUAUAUCAAGGAGGAUGUUAGCAUUUUUGAGUUAGUCAACUCUUGAUGCCAAAUUUUGUGUCAAGCAAUCUUUUGUUUUUUCAUGUCACUUUAGUCUAUGAUUAGAUUUCUACUAAUUUGAUUGAACAGUCUCAUUUGCUUGGCUGAAAGCUUUUUAGAUUUUACUCAGAUCUUACCUGAAUCAGUUAUACUUGAUUGUUCAUAAGUAUAAAUGGUAUUGUGCUCAGAGAUAACUUUGUACACCAUGCUUGUUUGUUGGUUUUGUUGUGUAUUCUUGUUCAAAGAAGUGGACUGGUUCAUAUAUUGAAGGAAUUAUGGAAUUGAAUGUUGUUUGAA